CUCUCAUACUCUUCAACAUGGCGAUUCUCCAAGGCUUGCGGCUGCUGUUCAUCGGGUCGCUGAUCACAACCACGAUCGCGAAGCCUGUGGAAAGGCAACGUGGCGAUGGCGAUGAGGACGACACUCCGCUGCCACUGGUAAUCUGGCACGGCCUCGGCGACACUUACAACGGCGACGGCAUGCGAAGCGUGGCCGAACUCGCCGAAGAAGUCAACCCAGGGACGCUCGUCUACCCGAUCCGCAUGGACGAGAACGCCGCGCGCGACCGAUACGCCUCUUUCGUUGGCAACCUGACCGAACAAGUAGCUAAAGUCUGUGCCGACUUUGCCGCACACCCAAUCCUCUCGACCGCUCCGGCCAUCGAUGCGCUCGGCUUCUCCCAAGGCGGCCAGUUCCUCCGCGCAUACGUCGAGCGCUGCAACAACCCGCCGGUGCGCAGCCUCAUCACCUUCGGCUCGCAACACAACGGCAUCUCUGCCUUCCGCGACUGCACCCCGACCGACUGGGUUUGCCGGGUGGCCAUGGCCGUGCUGAGAGGCGACGCCUGGAGCAGCACGGUCCAGAGCAGGCUCGUCCCCGCGCAGUACUACCGCAACCCGGAGGAAUACGAGCAGUACCUGGAGCAUUCCAACUUCCUGGCCGACAUCAACAACGAGCGCGAGGCCAAGAACGAGACCUACAAGAAGAACAUUGCCCAGCUGGACAACUUCGUCAUGUACAUGUUUGAGGACGACACGACCGUCAUCCCCAAGGAGACAGCUUGGUUCGAGGAGGUCAACGGCACUGAGAGCACGCCCCUGCGCGCCCGCCGCUUGUACACCGAGGACUGGCUCGGCCUGCGCGCGCUCGACCGCAAGGGCGGGCUCAAGUUCCGCACUGCACCGGGCGAUCACAUGCAGCUGUCUGAGGAGCUACUGAAGGAGGCAUUCGGCGACUUUUAUGGCCCGCUGAACCUGCGGCGGGGGAGGUCGGACCCGCGCCGCGGGAAUCGGAACGGCGGCGGAGAUGAUUUGUGAUGGAAGGAUUCUUGACACAUUGACAUGCGCAGCACCUUCUGUCUUUUUCACUUCAAGGCGCAUAUUAUCUAUCAUAUUUGGGUACACAUGGGUUCUGGGUAUGGGUGCCUGGGUAAUUGUCGCGGCAAAGCAGCAGGGAGCAACGGAGCUCGUGGUAUAUCUGUCACAUGGAUGGGUUUAUUUGUUCCGCGACAUAGCGAGGGCAUGGCAACAAGGAUUUCUGGGAAGGGGAUAGGGCGUUUGUUGGACUGAGUAAUUUAUCAAGACAGCGGGAAUGGACUUUGUUGUGGCGCACCGCCGUUCUCCAUCCGUUCAGCCGUGCCUCGCGCGGGAUCCAUUUCUGUUCUCAGCUUAGUGACGGAGGUUCUGAGAGCUUGACGUCGGGAUGAGUGUCGUGGAUCCAGGGGCAACCCACAGAGACCUGUGGAGUGGCCGCCCUGCGCACGAAACUUCAACUUGGCUGUCAGGUUCCAAGAUGUUACUCGAAGCCGAAGCUGG